GACAUGUGAUGAUGUUGGACACAUUAUCCACACCAUUAUCAGUAUUAGCUGCCCUGAGGGUAUAAAAGAGAAGUGGACAGAGGCUGUUGCAGCAGAAAGUGUGAGGAGACUGCAGACAUGCUCAGGUUUCUUUUGUUGACCUCUCUUGCAGCCUUGGUGCUGGCUGAGCCCCAGCCCAGGUACCUGGAGGAUGAGUCUGGUGAGGAAAGAGUGGUGGGAGGAGAGGUGGCCAGACCAAACUCCUGGCCGUGGCAGAUCUCCCUUCAGUACAAAUCUGGAAGCUACUUCUAUCACACCUGUGGAGGAACCCUAAUCAGGAGAGGAUGGGUGAUGACUGCUGCUCACUGUGUGGACAGCUCCAGGACAUGGCGUGUUGUUCUUGGAGAUCAUGACAUCAACAAAAAUGAGGGAAGAGAGCAAUACAUGAGCGUGAGCAGGGUCUACAUUCACCCCAACUGGAACUCCAACAACGUCGCUGGAGGCUAUGAUAUUGCUCUGCUGCGCCUGUCCUCUGAUGCUGUCCUCAACAACUACGUCCAGCUGGCCAAUCUGCCCCCCUCCGGCCAGGUUCUGUCCCACAACCAUCCCUGCUACAUCACCGGAUGGGGACGCACUCAGACUGGUGGUAGCCUGUCUGCUCAGCUGAAACAAGCCUACCUGCCUGUUGUUGACUACAAAACCUGCACCAGCUACGGAUGGUGGGGCAGCACGGUGAAGAACACCAUGGUCUGUGCUGGAGGUGAAAGCGACUCUGGCUGCCAGGGUGAUUCUGGUGGCCCCCUGAAUUGCAGUGUCAACGGCCAAUGGGUGGUCCACGGAGUGACCAGCUUUGUGUCUUCACUUGGCUGCAACACCUACAAAAAACCCACCGUCUUCACCCGUUCUUCUGCUUACAUCAGCUGGAUGAACAGCAUCAUGGGUUAAGAAGAUGAGCGAUAUACCUCGAAAUAAAAGAAAAGUCUGGAUUUUUUCUUCACUCCAUCAAAAUAAAAGUAAUAAAAAUGA